UAUGCUUCCGUCUGACUGCGAUUGCUCUUAUAUUUAUGAAGAUGAUAUUUUGAGGUUACAAAGUUCUAUAAUUUUUAUAAACUUAUGAGUAACUUAUGGGCUCGGUUAUAUUAUACGGUUUUAUUUAAAAUAGUCAAAAGGAUUAUACAAAAUUCUCUAUCGCAUUAACGUACAUAUUAAUAUAUUAAUUUUUCUUCAAUCGCUUGAUAUUAUAAAUGUUUAUGCUGGACGCUCUGUUCCUUAUUUUUCCUAAUCACUCACCUAUGUAUAUUCCAAAUUAAUUUCACAAAAAGACUGUUUUAGUAUUAUUAAUUGCUGAUUGUACUGAUAUUUACAGAAUUAUGAUGAAUUUUAUUCAACUGAAAUGGAUAAGUACAAGCGGCGCAUUGCACGUUUUUAAGCCAAAAGGAAUCAUUAUAAACAAAGUAUUCAAUUUUAAAGAACCCAAAAAGAAAUUAAAAACGAUUAAUGUUCCUAUAACUCCUGUGGGUCAAAAUAUUAAACAAAAAACGCAAACGUCUUUUUACAAGAAUAAGAGGGUAACAAUUUUAAAUAGGAUAUUUAUGAGGCAUAUAUCCGAUUUAAUGGCUACUGGAGAAGUUGCUCCAAAUUUAUUAGACAAAGAAAUUGAAAUUACUAAGGUUCAGGUUAGUCUUGACUUUAGUAGGAUUAACGUAUAUUGGUUUUCAACUAAAAAUUUGAAUGAUAUAGAUAUGAUAUUAGAAAAUGCUGCUGGUCAUUUGCAGCAUGAAUUAUCUCAGAUUCAAAUAAUUGGACAAGUUCCUCCAAUAAUUUUUAUUAAAGAUUUAAAAUUUAGUACAAUGCAAGAAAUGGAAAAUCAUUUUUCAAAUAUAGAUUUGGAAUUGACAAGUGAACAAACGGACAAUGACAAUUGUUUAAAUGAUCAAAAUCAGAGCAACGAAAAUGAAAUAAUAGUACCUGAAAUGCAGCAAAAUGUAAUGGGUUUUAACCAGGCUACUGUUAUGAAUAAGAUUAAAACUUCAAUGCUUAAAAUACAAAAAUCAGAAAUAAACAAAGUAGAAGAUACGUUCGCAAUUUCCAUGAGCAAAGAUGAUCAACUGAACAUAUCCAAAUUAUUAAUGGCUAACGAGGAAAAGAAACGUUUUGAUGAAUAUGUGAAAAAACGUAUGAUUGCAGAAAAGCGGGAAAAAAAACGUUCUGCCUUCUUUGUUAUAGAAUUUCUUUAA